AUGCGCUACGGAAACUGGGAUGUGCUUCUUUUCCCGGAGCUCUCCAGGGUGCCAAUCCAGGAGUUCAAGACCCAAUGCUUUGUGACCAAGGAUAAGGACUCGCCAAACCUGCACAGUGCCGCAUACCACGGCCCUCAUCCAUACUAUCCUGACCCGGCCCGUUGCAACCAACUCCCUGUUCUCACGACCUUCAUCCCGAGUCUGCCUCAAGACAGUCGGUUCCGGGUAUCGGUGCACAGCUGGGAGAAGCCACGUCCUAGUCUCUCGAUCGAGUCUCACAUGGAGCCAGAGGAUGCCUUGCUCUUUGAAGCUCGCAUCUAUGUGGAUGGUGCUUUCGUUGCUGGCACUAUCUUCGGGCAGAGAACUGAUUGGCCGCAUGUUAUUGAACUCAGUGCCCACCUCGACCGAGAUGGAAACCCUGACGCGAUGCGCUUCCCUGCCUUUCAUUCUGAGAUUCUUGGGCAGAAGCACUGGGAUAUAAGCGAUACUAAAGGUCGGAUCAGGGUCGUCAUCGCUGAAGGAUUCUCUCGUCCAAACCGGUCUCCUCCGUUCGAGCGCUACAAGGAUGUGAUUGUCAUGUCUUUUCAGCAUGCACCCCGAGAUAUUCUGGAGUUUUCCAACAUCGCCUGGCCCAACCCUAAGAUGUGGCUGCCAUCGGGCAAUGGACCUCGGUAUUUUCCAGCAAAUGGGUACGGUAACACCAAGAGACCUGAUGACCCCCAUGGACAUUCUCCGAGCAAGCCCAACGGUACUACUGUGAACUCCAGCAGCCAGUCCAGCAGCAGCAAUGCCGCAACUUACAACAGCAGCCACCACCAACCUGGCAAUCCAUCAAGCUUUGCGUGGACUCCUCACCGAGGUUUUCCCAUCCCCUCCACGCAAUGGACUGAUUACCCACGGGGACCUCGCUGGGAAGGACAGGAUACAUACAUUGUCGAGCCCGCUUUGGAAGCUUUUGUCGACGACACUGCUUGGCGUCAACGCGGUGCCCGUUCUUCUCGGGAAGAUGUCCCAAUGCCAGACUACGCCUCUAGCUCUACCAGCAGCCGUGCCAUCUCGAGCAUGACUGGCAUCAGCUACGAGCACAGCAAACAACCCAGCAUAAUCGCCGCCAUGGAUGAUGAGCAGUACAGCGAGUUGAUCCAGUCUCUCACCCCUACCAAGUUGCCAACCGUGGGCACCCGUGCACCCUCAAACACUCCCUCCGCUACACUGUCCACUGGACAGCCCUCUGCUGCCGCCAAAGCGCGCUCUGAAGGCUACGGUCGACUUACUCGUCGCACCUCUGCCCUCUGUGAAAUCUCGCAGCCCAGCACCCGUGACGUCUCGGACUCAAGCAUGCAGCCUGUUCACGAGAAGGAUGUUGUUGACUUGCCAAUCUCCAAGGUUGGGGCUAGCCCUAGUGAGAAGAUCAAAAGCAAGAAGGAAGUCCUGAAGGAAGUCGUCAAGGAGGUUGUGAAGGAGGUGAAAAAUGUCGACAAUGUCGCCAACCAGGAAACACCCAAGGCAAAGGAUAUCAUGAGGAAAGCCAAGCUCGCAAUCGACACUGAAGAUGCUCAUUUAGCUGAUCAGGAGAAUGAGUAG